UAGUCAUUAGUCAAGCGAAAAGGAAUGCAUAUAUUUUUCAAAAUCUUUGGGGUGUUGGCCCUUUCACUUAGAGAAGGACUAGCUGCCCCUGACCCUUGUGCUAGGUAUGAUGUUAAAGUCAUACGUACAGUUGACGGACGGAAAUUUACCAACAAAUGCGCUGCCCUUUGUGUCCCUUCUGAGGAAAGAGAUGAAAACAUUAUCCACAAAGUAUGCAAAGACGACCCGGAAAUUGGCGAUGUGAGAACCUUGUGUUCAGACUAUCUUGAAUGUCGCCAGGUAUCCAAACCUAUACAACCAAGUGAUCAUAAAGGCCUCCCGACGACUAGUACGCUAGAAAUUGACACUACCUUUCAGCCAGCUGUUGGAAAACUAAAUACUGAUUCAAGCCAUUCAGGAUUCACAAAGCUGUACAUUAUCAUUGCAGUACUGUCUGCCAUUAUACUGACACUAAUCAUAAUUCUGAUUGCUAGAUACAAGAGGUGCUCCAAGAGGAAACGAGGCAAAGCCUACAAACAUGUAAAUAAUCAGGACCAACCAAUGAACAAUACAGCUAUAUUUGAACUCAAAGAAAUUGACACAAAAACUACUCCCAUAAUUAAACAACCGCAGGACAGUGAAUCAGACAAAUUCCAUGUCAAGGGAAGGACAUACCCUGAUGAUGAAGCUAUUGAGAACGAAACAGAUUUGAAGUAGUAGGACAGUGCAGUAACGCCAUCAUGCCAUCAUGCUUUAUUGUCAUCAUGAUUUUUUCAAAACCUCACUGUACACUGAAUCAAUUUUU